CCAAGACACAACUGAAAUGUACAUACUCAUUAAGAAGAGUUCCAAAUUUGAGCGUAUAGCAAGUAACAUUCCUGACUUAAGUGUGCAAUUAGACGUGUUUGACGAACAGAGAGAAUGCGACGAAUCACAAAGUUUGCAAGGAUCAGAUGGGAUAAAUUUAAAUUCACAUCUUGAUGUCUUUUACGCAAUCUUGCGGCAGGUUGCGGAUACACCUCAUGAGAUUCCAUUUUUGAAUAUUCUUCAACAUUUAUUAAGAAUUGAUUCAAAAGAGCCAAUAAGUGAUACGAUUUGGGAUACAUUGGAAAUAUUAGUUCAUCGUACGACUUUAAUAGAAGAUAAAGCAGAUUCAGAAAAGAUUUUAAGAGCACAAAAAUUUUCUUGUCCUCAUUGUCGAAGUGACGUGGCUAGUCCAAGGAAAUUAUCUUUACCACAUUCGAUUCAAUCUCCUGUAACACUGAGUACGAAUCAAUCAGGAGUACCACCCCCUGCACCUCCAUUGCCGCCUUUAUUACAGCUCCAAGGCUCUUGUGAUCCCCAAGUUCCAAUAUCACAGCAGCAUAAUGUACCACCCCCUCCACCACCCAUUCCGAAAAUUCCUAAUCCGCCCUGUUUACCACCUCCGAAUAAUCUAACAGUAAAUGAUAAGUCAUGUAGACCAAAAACACCAGAAAUUAAUUCUGAAGUACUGAAACCUUUACCGCAACAAGAGACUCCCACGCCGCGUGCGAAAAUGAAAACAAUAAAUUGGAAUAAAAUUCCUCCCAACAAAGUCAUUGGGAAGAACAAUAUAUGGUCGAUUGUUGCGGAUAAUCAUCAAAAUAGUCCAAUGUCGGAAAUGAAUUGGGAUGAGAUGGAAGGGCUAUUUUGUCAACAAAUUACCCAAGGAUCACCAAAACUAGGAAGAGAACCAGGGAACGAUACGCUUGAACGUCGCUCUAGAAGAGACAAUGAGAUAACGCUUCUUGACGGGAAGAGAAGCCUUAAUGUAAAUAUAUUUUUGAAGCAAUUUAGAAGCACUAAUCUUGAAAUCACACGAAUGAUUCGAGACGGAGAACAUGAUCAAAUAGGAUUGGAGAAGCUCCGGGGACUCUUGAAGAUUCUGCCUGAAUUUGAUGAAUUAGAAAUGUUGAAAAAUUUCGAAGGUGAUAAGGAACGAUUGGGAAAUGCUGAAAAGUUUUUACUCCAAUUGAUACAUGUGCCUAAUUACAAAUUGAGAAUUGAAUGCAUGUUAUUGAAAGAAGAAUUUACUGCAAAUCUAAGUUAUCUAGAACCAAAUAUCAACUCAAUGUUGUAUGCGGGUGAAGAUUUAAUGACAAAUAAAGCUUUACAGGAAGUUUUGUAUAUGGUUGUGGUAGCUGGUAAUUUUUUAAAUGCGGGUGGAUAUGCCGGAAAUGCAGCUGGUGUUAAAUUAUCAUCAUUACAAAAGUUAACCGAUAUACGCGCUAAUAAACCUGGAAUGAAUCUAAUUCAUUUUGUUGCUCUGCAAGCUGAGAAAAAAAAUAAAGAUUUACUCAUUUUCGCUGACGACAUGUCUAGCUUGGAAAAUGCUUCAAAGACGACAAUUGAACAAAUAAAUAAUGAAAUAAUUACGUUGGAUAAACGCUUAAAAACCAUUAAAAAGCAAAUUGAGCUUCCAUCGACAGAAGAUGAUAUCAGAUUGCAAAUGGAAGACUUCAUUAAGGCUGCUGAAAAUGAACUGUCAAUGUUGCAUCGUGCAAUGAAGGAAUUGGAAUCGACUCGCGUUCAACUUGCAGAGUUCUUUUGUGAAGAUUCAAAUCAAUUUAAAAUUGAGGAGUGCUUUAAAAUAUUUUAUCAUUUUUGUGAAAAGUUCAAGACAGCUGUCAAGGAGAAUGAGAAACGUCGAAUUCAAGAAGAACAAGCUAAUGUACGUAGAAAGCAAAGGGAGGAACAACUUGCAAAUAAACGCAAGCAAUACAUUCAAAAUGGAUCAACUGUAUCCGAUUCAGAGAAUAGUUUUCUUAUGGAUCCUCCAACUAUAUCUUAUGACAUACGCUUCAGUCCUGCUAUGAGUCGUAGACGAAUGGGUUCAUUUAAUAAUCAGAAUAACACAUAUGAUGGAUUUCGAGAUGAAGGUAUGUCACCUGAUAUUACUCCAAAUGGAAGUUUGAGAAGAAGACGUAGUCGAGUCUUAUCAGAGGAAGAUGAAGGAAGUCUAAUGGAUUUUUUAAGAUCUUCGGGACACGAUGGAACAACUAGAGAAAGAAAAUCAGCCUCAGGUUAUGGUAGUUUAGAUAGGUCGUGGGCACGAAGAGCAAGAUCAGGUUCUGCUGGAAAGCAAAGGCCUGAUUUAUUAAAUGUAGAUUUUGGAUCUGAUCGUGAACGACCGGCUUCUCCAUCUCCCGUCACUGAAAAUAAGCCUAUUGUAGAACACGAAGAUGAUCCUAAACCCAGGAUUUCGAGGGAAUGGAGACAAAAGAUAGAAAAUUGGCUACAAGCAAACGAGCAAGACGAAAAGCAAAACGAUGAAUAUCGUAAGAAAAGGGGAAGAGUUACAAGCAACAGGCGAUCGCUUGAAACCGAUACAGAAAGCGAAAAAGGAAACAAGCUCGAUACGUUACCCGAGGAAAAAUCUCAUAAUUCACCUUCUCAGAUACAAUCACCAAAUGCAACAAAUGCAAACUCUGCAGUGCCUAAUGUGCCUUUGGAAUCUUAUAGGCGUGUAUAUCCUGAAUGGAAGCCAUCUACUUCACUUGAAAAAGCAGACAUUGUUGGAACUAUUGAAGCUUUAGCAGGAAUGACUUAUGUGCAAGCUCAUACUAGAGAUAAAAAUAUUUGGAGAAAGCCGCCACAAAAUGCUACAAGUUCUACUGAGAGUACUGAUGCAGAUGCAAAAAAUAUUCGACGGCAAAGUUCUCAAGAUAGCAAUUCACCUUUACAUUCAAUAGUUGAAGAAGAUAAGAGAAAAUCUAAUGAACAAUCGCCAGUAGAAAAAUCAUCAGCCAGUACCAAUAAAAUACCAGAUUCACAAAACAGUGAUGAGAUUAAUAAGCAAACAAUUUACAUACGUCCCCCAAUUGAUGAAAAUCAACCAGCGCAACAUGCUAAACAUAACAGUUCGAUUUAUAUCCGUCCAGAUUCCGAUCCAUUGGUUUCUGAUAAUCAACCAAAUAUUCCAAAAAGAAUCAGACGUCCAUAUAUAAAUGAAACAAAUAAUAAAAUUGAAAUCGAUUCUGAUAAUGUCGAAACACCUCCAGUAACAAGGAAGCAUCUCCAUUUAAGUCAUCAUAAUAGCGGAAACAGUAACUCAAAAGAAAGUAAUAAUGAAGGAAGUGAAAAACAGAAAAUGGAUCAGGAAUUAUUCUUAGGUGAUGGUCAGUUUGAUAGAUUCUCAUCAGCUCGUAGAACAAGGAGAUUCAAACGUCCAAUAGAUUUAAGUAGUGCAACAGAAGGAAAUACAAAUCCAUCAACAACAUCGCCAGAUUCAACAAGUGAAGCCAGUUUCUCAAUAGAAAAUCCAAUAGAUAGUCAUGCAUCGUCAAAAGACAAUAUUAGAAUUAGUAAUAAUUGUAAAACAACGUUAACCAAAACUGAGCUAGUUUCAAAUGAUAAUAACAGUACUAAAGAAGCAAAAAAUAAGGUAAAUAAGGAUGUAGUUACAAGAAUAGGAAAAAUUGGAAAGAGUAUUAGCAGAAUAAGUCAGGAAGAUGUUCGUGAAGCCAUUAGAAGCUUGAAAUCACCGACACCAGAACGUGAAUGGAAUAUAAGGGAUGGCUUCCGUAAUGCUGCAUCGAAUAAAUUAACGUCACAUGAACUAAACGAUGAAGGCUUUGAAGAAACUCAGAGCUUAGUGUCUGAUACUCCAUCAUUAACAACAUCGUCUUGUAACGAAGAAGCAAAAUCAAAGAAAGAAAAUUCACCUGAUGACAAUACUAGUUCUGUAAAUGCAGCAAAUGCUUCACCGACAAAGCGUCGAGCUCUUAAGCCAUCAAGUCAGUUACAAACACUCCUGGCGAGAAAUCAGCAAUCUCUAGAAAGAAGUAGAUCUUUAAGAACCACGGCAAUGCCAACGGGAACCAGAAGUGCUUCGUCUACUCCACGAAGAACAAAUUCAUUGCGUAAGCCAGAGCAGCAGAACCAAUUACCAAAACCUACUAUCUCAUCAAUAGCAAAUAAAAGGUUGGAUGUAGAGAGAAGCAAUUCGAGAGCAAGCUUGAGAAGUUCACGUUCAUCAUUAAAUAGCGCAGUUUCAACAAAUACUGUUAAGAAAAUGCCAACGAAGCCAUCUGUUCCAUCAUCAGCAGCUAAUACUUCAAAAAGAUCUUUACUUCUUCCACCCAAUCCUUCAUCUGCUAAUAAAUCUUCCAAGACAAUAAGUAGAGUUCCAGCCAGUAGAAGUAGUUCCAGUGGAUCGAGUAUAGGACCAGCUAUCAAAAAGCCCCCAACUCCAUCUAAAAUUUCAUCCUCAGUCAGUACUAGCUUUAGAGAAAAUCAGAGUAAUCGUAGCAAGAUUUCUCCUGCAUCCUCGGCAGCAAGCACAAAAACCAAUAGCUCAAAUAGUAUGAGUCGCACAAGCCCAUCAGCAAGGCCUUCAAGUUUUAUGAGACCAACCACAUCAAGUGCAACAAAAGUCAAAAGUAAAUAAUCUCGAAUAAAUAAACCGAAUUACGAACGAUUCUCUUAAGAGACAGACCCUCCACAACUCACUCACAUUUCCACUUCUUUCCACUAAAGAAAUCUGAUUUUAAUUAAUUAUAUCAAGAAAUUUAAUUCUCUGCUAAUAACAUUAUUAUUUUUUUUUUUUUUCGAAUCGAAA